AUCGCGGAUCAGCUGUCCAACAACGAACAAAAAAUAGCCAAUCAGGAGAAUCAAUACAAUUAAAUCUCAGGAUUUGCCCUAUCACAGUUCUCCACUAUUUAAACUGCAGUCCUACUAGGUUUGGACUUUAAUGCCUUUUUUCUGGUAUCUAUUUAGGACCUUUUAUUGAUUUCACGGGGUGAUUACCAAAGUCACGGUUCAUCGCAUGAUCAGGAUUUUUAAACCCAAUGCUUUGGCUUUGGAUAAAACCGCAAAGAUAAGCUUUUAAAGUUUCAAAAAGUUUCUGGAAGUUCUUACUUGAUGUACCCCUUCAGGAUUAAACAAAUACAUGUAAAUAACGUAACAGUUAUCUGAGACCAUUAUUUUUACAAUGGCCAAGGGUAUUACUGGAGCACGUGGAUAUCGAGUUCCAAGAGGUAGUAUGGAGAAGAAGCAAGGGGUGUAGACUGGCAUUGUGAAUUAAGUAUGGAUGCCAAAGUGCUUACGUAUCACAACAAAGUCCAGGACUGGACCCAAAUGUACAUGCUAGCAGCAGAUGGCCAAAUUUACAAGAAUUCCAAAGUUGUGACAUAUCUGCCUCCCCAGAAACUUCAUCAGAUUGAAAACUGGAGGCAAAACGUUCGGAAUAACUUCAGACCAAAGUCGUCACAGUUUCCGAGACUCAACACGCCUCGAGCAAACAAACGUGCCAAGUCUGCACUAGCAGGAAGAACUCAGAGUCAGGGGAAUGAUCGUAAGCGGCUUUGGAGUGCCAGGAGUUCUGGCCCUCAGCCUCACUUCCUGUACAGCGACACUAAUCUGGAUGACGUGACGCAUCACUUAGCGGAAACGUCACUUCACUACUGUGGCGAGAGAGCUCUAUUCCAAAGAAACUUGUUAGGGAAACAAUUAUUGAAAAUCAAUACAAAACAGGUACAGCUAAUCAACAGUGAGAAUGUGGCUACUGAGGCUUUUGACAAAAUUGAUAAAACUCUCAAACAAGCCAGCAAUGGUCUUAACAGUGAAGGAGAGGCAGAGCAUACCAGUGAUAAUAUUGAAGCUGUGUCGGACGAAGGCGAAUCGGAGACUCUGAGCAGUAUUUCUAGGAUGGAAGGUCGUGGAAGACUCAUCCACGUCAACGAUCAAGAUAUGAUACAGGUGAGGUCUCAAUCCAAUCGACUUCUCAAUGUGAUUUCUAUUGAUGACUGUAAGAUAUCCAGUCCAAAUAUCUACCAUAGUGCCAAAUUAAAAGUGGAGAAGAAACGUGCUCAGUAUCAAGAUAUUCCAGAAGAGGAAUCUCUACCUGAAAGUGAUGUGCCAAAAUCUCAAUGUUCCAAAGACCACGAAACAAAUUUCUAUUCAACAAAAUCGGUGUCAGAGAGUAGGACCCAUAUUCAGACACGCAAUGCCAAGAUUUCAAGAGCCAUAGAUGAAAUGGUUCAUGAAAGGAAAGUGAUGAAUAAUCUGGACAGAAAUUUCGAUGCUCGAAUUGAGGCCACUGGAGUAGGGGGCAGAAUAAUUCUCGAUCGUGCCGAGGGAGGGGCCACAUUCAAAAGACUUAAUAAUGCCCUCAAAAGGCAUGUGAACUCAGUAUCAGCUCACAGGGCUCACAAACAACUUAGUAACUGGUCUCGAGAUGGGCUCAGUGAUCAAGACCUCAGCUCAUACAGUGGUAGUGUACUCAACAUGGACAAAAUCGAAAAAUCUCACAAAUGUAGUUCAAAGUCUCAAAGCAUGGAGUCGGUAGAGAAUUCAUGAUUAUAGGCUUCCAGACAAACAGUAUUAAAAUUGAUUUUGUUUUGUAUAUUUUUUGCCCUGCUUUAAAUUUUUAUUUACAUUGACCAUGUACCCAUUUUUGAGAUGUUUGGAAUUCAAUGGUUACCAAAUAAGCAGAACAGUUGUUAAGCAUUACAUAAUGAUCACAGCCAACCUAGUCUUUCAAUGUAGAGUUUGUGAGAACAUUUGAUUUUAAUAAAUGGAAAUGAAAUCUAUUUGUUUACUUAAUUUUAUCCUAA